UUUACUGCAUGCUGGACAUGACAGUCCCCCAUGUCUGAUUUCCCUCACCAUCGUGUCCCGGGUCUCGGACUCACUAGAAGUCCACAAGUGGCGCCCGAACAAACGGACCUGUAGCUAAUACCUCCCACCCAGAGUGACGAGGUGACGACGGCGGCGGGUGACAGUUUACAGAAGGUGAUGGAUCCUGUGAAACAAUUUGGACACCUCUUGGGCUUGUCCGGCCCUGGAUCCCGGCCAUCCAAGAGACCACCUCAGACUCUGAACGACAACACCAUGAGAGACCCUCCGGUCACUUCUCAGCCACUACUAUGGGAGACACAGAAGCCAUUGAUCCAAGGCAUGGCCCGUCUUUCAAUGAAAAGAAAAAGGAAGGCCACCAAUAGUCCUGUUGCACCCAUUACAUGGGGCAGUGUCAAGGCACUCAGCAAUCACGGUGAACAAGUUCUCCACAACCAGGGAGCUCCAGUUAACCCGGAAAAUAUGUUCCUCGCUAUGGCGGCAGUUAUCACGUGCGCCUCUGCGGGUACUACUGCCUCCGACGAUGGACAAGCCUCCGGUUCGACUUGGCUAAAUUGAUGCUUGAAUUAUUAAAGACAAAAGGGGGAGAUGUUGGAGGACGCCCCGCAUAGUGAGCAGAAGGGCCUUGACCUGAGUCCCUAAGGCAUGUGAAAACACAUGCUUCUCGGAGGAAAACCUCUGAGUGACAGGACUUGGUGCUGAGAGCCUGGAAAGCGACCUGCGUGAAGUCAGGCUUCUACAUCUCCACAGUCUGAGAAUAACAAAAUGGAGAGACCCUGCGUAGUGAGCAGAAGGGCCUUGACCCGAGUCCCUAAGGCAUGUGAAAACACAUGUGUCUUGGAGGAAAACCUCUGGGUGACAGGACUUGGUGUUGAGAGCCUAGAAGUGAACUGCGUACAGCUCCACAAUUUGAGAAUAACAAAAAUAAUGAGCGAACUUCCCAGGCUCUGGCUAGGGGGCGAUAAGAUUAUGUGCGUGAGAACUAACCACCUGGUACCCUAGUGUCUGAAGUAAAUAGAUAAUAGUAAGAAAAUAGACUAAUCACUCAUGCAUGUUAUCAUUAUAUGGUAUGCUUUGAUGUUAUACCUGCUGUAAUUAAAAUAGUAUAUAAUGAGCACCAAGACAAUAAAGAUUUACUGCAUGCUGGACAUGACAGUCCCCCAUGUCUGAGUUCCCUCAUUGUCGUGUCCCAAGUCUCGGACUC